AUGGGGAAAAUGCAGUCGAGGAACCGAUCAGUGUGCGACCUGCGGAUAGAUUCGCAAUCGUGUCAUGCGCUUGGACUGGACUGGUUGAGAACAGGCGCAAUCGGAGAAUUAACCGAGAUCGACGUGCAGGAACAGCAAAAAAAGGAGGACCUUGGAGUCGCAGAUGCAGGAUCAAAUCCAAAGGAUUUUGAGAGGAUCAGGGGGCAUAACCUGGUGCCGACUGAGACCCCUCAGUGUAGCCGUGAGGACCUUCGGGACGUUGGAGAGGAUGAGGACCUUGGGGGUUAG